UCCAGAAAUCUGACCGAGCACAAACAAGAUUUUUCUCCUUUAUGAAUCCAUUAGCGGUUGAUAUUUGGAUUUAUAUUGCUUGCGGUUACGUAUUGGUGUCACUAACUAUUUGGAUUGUAGCUCGUUUUUCUCCCCUAGAGUGGGUUCCAGCCAAACAGCAGACAACAAUAGCCUUUAACGUACCGAAUGCGUAUGACCAAAGCGAUGAUGAUGCAGCAUCCAAAUCAAAACUAUUCGAUUUGCAUGAGGAUAUAGAGUUAACGCAAAAACUACAUGGUGCAGUUGUCGGGGAUGUCAAAGCGGAGGAAGAUGGCAUUGAAUUGAUGCAAGCCAAGCCCAAAUUCGCUCCAACUUCAAAUAAAUCGUCUGAAAUGUGGUGGCCUGAUAAUCGUCUACAUUUACCAACAUCAUUUCUCAAUAUGGAAUACAACAACAUAGACUCUGGAAAAUCCACGGAAUUAUUGACCAUCAGUAAUGAUUUUACAUUAAAGAACUGUUUUUGGUUUGCCAUUGGUGCUUUGAUGCAACAGGGAUCUGAUUUAUACCCCAGGGCAACAUCUACUCGAAUUGUUGGUGGUAUAUGGUGGUUUUUUACAUUGAUUAUAAUUUCAUCGUAUACAGCUAAUUUAGCAGCAUUUCUUACUGUUGAACGAAUGAUAACACCGAUCGAGAGUGCCUCAGAUCUAGCAGAACAAACAGAUAUUUCAUAUGGAACCUUGGAAGGUGGAUCUACAAUGACAUUUUUUAGGGAUUCGAAAAUAGGCAUAUAUCAAAAAAUGUGGAGAUAUAUGGAGAAUCGUAAAUCAUCUGUGUUCGUAAAAACAUAUGAAGAGGGCAUACGACGUGUAAUGGAUGGUAACUACGCAUUUUUAAUGGAGUCAACUAUGUUGGAUUACGCAGUACAGCGUGACUGCAAUUUGACCCAAAUCGGUGGUCUUCUGGAUUCCAAAGGCUAUGGUAUAGCCACACCAAAAGGAUCACCAUGGCGAGAUGCGAUGUCGUUAGCGAUAUUGGAACUACAGGAAAAGGGUAUUAUACAAAUUUUAUACGAUAAGUGGUGGAAAAAUACCGGAGAUGUAUGCAACCGUGACGACAAGAGUAAAGAAUCGAAGGCAAAUGCUUUGGGAGUGGAAAAUAUUGGUGGCGUAUUUGUUGUACUACUAUGUGGAUUGGCGUUAGCUGUUGUCGUCGCAAUAUUAGAAUUUUGUUAUAAUUCAAAGAAAAAUGUUCAAACUGAAAGCCAAUCUUUGUGUUCAGAAAUGGCAGAAGAAUUGCGAUUUGCAAUGCACUGUCAUGCUUCAAAACAACGACCCGCCCUCAGACGCAAGUGUGCGAAAUGUAUGCCGGGGACUACUUACGUACCAGCGGCUUCAGCAUCGGGGAUUUAUGGUAAUGGCGGAGCUGACGGCAUGCCUCAUAUUAGUGGCGUCCAAUAUAACUAUUUAAACUAAAUUAAUUUUUAGAUUAGUAUUGAAAUAUAAAUUUUGACAAGAGGAAAAUAACUUUUUAUAGACAAAUUUAAUAAUAAAAAAUAUAGUUUUUAUAUGAUCCUUUAA